AUGGGGAAGCUCGAGGACAACGAGAGGGUGAUCCUGAACGUCGGGGGCACCAGGCACGAGACCUACCGGAGCACCCUGAAGACUUUGCCAGGCACCCGCCUGGCUCUGCUGGCUUGCCAGUCCCAAGGCGAGUCCCCUGGCGACGGGGAAGAGCCGCCGCCGCCUCUGCCCUCCCCUAAUCCGGGCCCCAACCCUGGCGGCGGCGGCGGCGCUGGCGGCACCCUGGACGGCGUUGGCGGGAGCAGCUGGAGCCCGCGCAGCAAUGGCGGCGGCGCAGCGCCUAGCGGGAACGGCGCGUGCUGCGAGUUCUUCUUCGACCGCCACCCGGGCGUCUUCGCCUAUGUACUCAACUACUACCGCACGGGCAAGCUGCACUGCCCCGCCGACGUCUGCGGGCCACUCUUCGAGGAGGAGCUAGCCUUCUGGGGCAUCGACGAGACCGACGUGGAGCCCUGCUGCUGGAUGACCUACCGGCAGCACCGUGACGCCGAGGAGGCGCUGGACAUCUUCGAGGCGCCCGACCUCAUCUCCGGCGAGCCGCCCCCCGAACCCGACGACGACGACGAGCUGGCCGCCAAGCGCCUGGGCAUCGAGGACGUGGGCGCCAUAGGCGCCUCCUCCGCCAAUGGCUCCCCCCUCGACGGCAAGGGCGGCCGCUGGAAGAGGCUCCAGCCGCGAAUGUGGGCGCUCUUCGAGGACCCCUACUCUUCCCGAGCCGCCAGGUUCAUUGCAUUUGCCUCUUUAUUCUUCAUCCUACUUUCAAUCACAACGUUUUGCCUGGAAACCCAUGAAGCGUUCAAUACCAUCAAAAACAAAACAGAACAUAUCAGAGGUUUGGAGGAGGUUCAGUAUGAAAUAGAGACGGAUCCUGCUCUGACAUAUGUUGAAGGAGUAUGUGUGGUGUGGUUUACAUUUGAAUUUUUAGUCCGUGUUGUUUUUUCACCAAACAAACGUGAAUUCAUCAAAAAUCUCUUGAAUAUCAUUGACUUUGUGGCAAUUUUGCCCUUCUAUCUAGAGGUGGGUCUCAGUGGGCUCUCCUCCAAAGCUGCUAAGGAUGUGCUUGGUUUCCUCAGGGUGGUGAGGUUUGUGAGAAUCCUGCGAAUCUUCAAGCUCACCCGACAUUUCGUAGGCCUCAGGGUGCUGGGUCACACGCUCCGAGCAAGCACCAAUGAGUUUUUGCUGCUGAUCAUAUUUUUGGCAUUAGGAGUGUUAAUAUUUGCCACCAUGAUCUACUAUGCUGAGCGAAUAGGAGCUAGACCCAAUGACCCUUCAGCUAGUGAACAUACAGAGUUCAAAAACAUCCCUAUUGGUUUCUGGUGGGCUGUGGUCACCAUGACCACUCUUGGGUAUGGAGACAUGUAUCCAAAGACAUGGUCAGGCAUGCUAGUGGGUGCUCUGUGUGCUCUAGCUGGGGUGCUGACCAUAGCCAUGCCUGUGCCUGUUAUUGUCAACAAUUUUGGAAUGUACUACUCUCUGGCCAUGGCAAAACAGAAGCUUCCAAGAAAAAGAAAGAAGCACAUCCCACCUGCUCCUCAGGCAAGCUCCCCUACAUUUUGCAAGACAGACUUGAAUAUGGCCUGCAAUAGCACACAGGGGGAAGUCUGUCUGGGCAAAGACAACCGGCUGAUGGAACACAAUAAAUCAGUAUUAUCAGGUGAAGAAAGUACAGAAAGUGAGCAGCCACUGUCACCUGUGGAAAGACUCCCACAAAUCAGAAGCUCUAGUACCAGAGACAAAAACAGAAGAGGGGGAACAUGUUUCCUACUGACAGCAGGUGAUUACGCGUGUGCUACUGAUGGAGGGAUCAGGAAAGUGUUAUACAGAAUUUAUCAUGGAUUUUUGACUGCUGAAAAAGGGACAAUGGAAUUUAGCCAUACCAAGGACUGUACUGGAAAGAGACUGCUCCUCCUGAAUGGGCCCUGAUAAUCACCUGCCGCCUUGAAGAGAUCCUUCCAAUUUCCUUUGGAAGUGGAACUUGUUAUGAGGAUUAAGGACCAAUUCCAACUACUGCUGCCACCAGCAGACGCAAUUAUUAGUCACUAUUGAUGA